UGGUUAAAAUGGAACGGAACAGCUGUUUUAUAACCUUAACCAGCGCUGUAGAUAUCGUGUUUAUGUAUCUAUGGCACAUUUGACAUGAUAGCAAGAGCAUAUACCACGAUUUUAGAAAUUAGCGUCAUACAAUGAAACGUGGCGCUUCGCCAGUAACUUUAUAAUUAUCCUCAAUAUAUUUUUAUCUAUUACGAUCUGUGCAUCGUUGCAAAAAUGUAUUUAUCCUACGUUAUCGUCAGUAUACUAUUCUGCGUAUCUUUCGUGGAUCUCGUUCGUGGGAGCGAGCUCGACUACGACGGCUGGUUGCAAUUGCGGUUAUGGCACGCGUUCAAUGACGAUCCGGUGCCCGUGUUCACGGAACGAGGAAAUAUCACCGUGUCCAGCGUGCGUAGUGGCGCGUCUGUUGUCGGACAGAACGGCCUGUUGACAGCCCAGAUAAACGCGCUGAAGAACCUUGCCGAACACGACGGCAAGUACAGAGUGAAGGCACUGGCACGCACCUCGUCCGGUAGCGAGAUCACGUUCUUCACCUCAGUGCCAGCGUGCUAUCUGCUUGGUUCCGAUCUAGAAGACAUCAUAACAGUAUGGUUGGACAGUGCAGCAGAGCCGAUAGCUGUGAGCAUUUCAUCCUUAGGUCCCUGUACAUUAGACAAUCCCUUCACAAAUAUGUGGACCACUAACGUCAUGGUCAGAUAUCCAGAUGGCGGUCCUAUUCCAGAUACUGCUAUGUAUAUUCAAAAGCUCGAACGAGAACGAGAAGCGAGAGAGAGAGGAGAAACCAAAGAUAAUCGUUCAUUCCUUGCGAAAUAUUGGAUGUAUAUUGUCCCUGCAUUAAUCUUUCUGCUGCUGUCAUCUGCAACAAAUCCAGAAGCUGCUGCAGGAGGAAGUGCACAAAGACAAUGAUCUAAUGAAAAUAAUUUGUACCUGUGUGUGCAUUACACUUCAGAGGAUGGUCUUAUGAAAUUUGUCCAAAUUUAUAUAGUAUAUAAUUUCAUAUAAUGUAAUAAAAAUUGAUACAUUAAUAAUAAUCCUCUAAGUAUUACUACAUAUGUAUAAUAUUACAUUUUUCUGCUAAAAUAAAUAUAAUUAUUAGA